AGGGGAUAGCGAAAGUCGUGGCACAGGAAGUUGUCAUUUUUUUGGUCUGGUUUCUUCCUAUUCAGUUCUAGCUAGCUAAUGUGUAAAUAAAAUUAGCUACACUGUUAGCUUCAGUAGAUAUUAAUACAUUGGUAAUAUGGAUCGGCCAGAAGUAACGUUUUCUUUAGCCUACAUAGUAUUAGCGUUUUGCUUUGUAUUUACACCAAAUGAAUUCCGAUCAGCUGGUUUCACCGUGCAAAAUCUGUUUUCAGGAUGGCUCGGAAGUGAAGAUAUAGGUUUCAUUCAAUAUCAUGUGAGGAGAACGAGCGUCACUUUAUUAGUUCAUUCAACUUUGCCACUUGGUAAGUCACUUAGUUAGCAGCUAACUAGCUGCCAGAGGCCUAGUAAAAAAUAGCUAAUGACAAACAAUACCCACAUUGAUCACUGUCCUGUCAAGUGAUAAUUCAUACUAACUGAUUGAAUUGUUUUUUACUAUAUCUGUGAUAAAUCUGCCUAGCUAGUAGCUAGCCACAUCAUUCAAGAAUCAAGUCUAUUGACAUUUUGAGCAAACUUUCUGUUCUGUAUCCAACAGGGUACUACAUGGGAAUGUGCAUAGCAGCUCCAGAAAAGUAUCUGGCCUAUGUUCACUUAAUAAGUGAUGGCUGGAGGGCUUUCUUCACAUUGUCACUGGCUCUUCAGCUCUUUAGCUGGGUGCUUGUCAUCUACUGGUCUCGGCACAAAUGGGGAAAUCAUCCAAUAUCAAAGAACCUUAAAGCUCAUGCAUUACCCCAGUCCGGCUGGGGGGCAGUUGCCUCCUCUGUCAACACAGAAUUUCGUCGCAUUGACAAGUUUGCAACGGGCGCUCCUGGGGCAAGGGUUCUCAUCACUGACACCUGGAUCAUGAAGGUCACUACCUAUUAUGUACAUAUUGCACUGCAGCAAGACACUCACUUGACGGUCACAGACUCAAGGCAACACCAGCUCUCCCCUGACUCAGCCACUCCUGUUCAGAUCCUGACACUCCGGGUCGCUAGCAUCAACCCCAGCGUCAAGCCCUUUGACAUAAGGUACAGUAGCUAACACGAGCUAUAGGCUAAGCUUGUUGUUGUCUUGUCAGCUCAUUUGAGAAGUAAACCGUAAAUGCCAACCCCUUUUAAAACCUUAAAUAGAACUACCAUAUUUUUUUCCCAUCACCACACCUGUUUAAUGCAAAUAUUGAUUUUCUGAGGCAUAAUGCUGUUGUACUGUGGAUGUGAAAUACUCCAUUCUGAAUUAUGCACCUUUUAGGCUCAACUCAACAGAAUAUGCAGAGCUGCGAGAGAAGCUGCAUGCACCAAUCAGGAACGCUGCCAACGUGGUCAUUCACCAGACUAUGAGUGACCUCUUCUUGGAAACAUUCAAAUCCCAGGUGGAAAUGAACCAAGUCUACCAGCUGACCAGCGGACAGGUGCACCCAUGUUAUAUUGUCUAUGGGUGAACCAUUUAGUGUAUUCAACUUUAAAGGUAGACUCAGCAAUAUGACGUAGAUGCAGAAAGUAAACAGCACAGUGUGAAGUGAACCUGUGCACAUGCGCAGAUACUGUGUGUGACUGUGUGAGAGCGAAGCGAUCAUCUCAAUCUCCGGUGUUGCUCGUGGCAACAUCAUUUUGCUGAGUCUAGCUUUAAAUUAAUUAUCCUCCCAACAUGCUUGAUAAAUGGUUAUGAAAAAACUUGUUCUGCUCAGUGUAGUAGAAACUAUCAUGGCCAAUACUUCUCUGCCUCUCUGUUCUUAGGAGCUGGAGUCCUGCAUUGGUUGCAUGCAGGUGCCCGCCAACACCAAACUGCUACGGCUAUGCCAGGAGGAGGGCGAAGGGGAGUGCCAGCAGUGCUACUGUAGACCCAUGUGGUGUCUCACCUGUAUGGGCAAAUGGUUUGCCAGCCGCCAGGACCAGCAGAAACCUGAGACCUGGUUGGGCAGCAGAGUGCCUUGCCCCACUUGCAGGGCCAAGUUCUGCAUCCUGGACGUCUGCAUUGUCCCCUGAUCACUCAAUACUGUCUUCUCCUCAGUCAAUUCUAAAGAUAUGCAUAGGAAUCUGCUGGUGGCCUGGCGCUAUGUGCAUCAGAUUGCCCUUGUGAUUACUUUUCUAAAUGUGCCUUGUCUCUAUUGCAUCAUUGGUGCCAUUACUCUGCUAUGGGAAACCUUGGCGUAUUGUAGUUUUGUUCCAACUUUGCUCUUCAUGAUUUUGAUUUGAUCAAAUAUUUUCCCCUGCACAAUAUGGCUACAAUAUGUACUUUGAAGCUGAGUAGAUUGCUAAGUAGAGGUUAAAUUUAGUUUCAGCUUAAUGACGUUGCCACAAGCAGCACCAAAGAUAUUGCGAUGAGCGAAAUGUAAGACUUCGCUCUCAGUCACACACUGUAUCUGCGCAUGUGCACGUGUUCGUUCGCGUCACACUGUUAGCGCGUGGUAGGUACGGGA